AUGGGUGACCACUCGAAAGCACUUGAAUUUUACGAAAAAGAUCUCAAAAUCACGAAAAAAGCUCUGCCUCCGAAUCAUCCCGAUUUGGCUACUUCCUACAGCAACUUCGGUCAAGUGUAUAACAACAUGGGUGACUAUUCGAAAGCACUUGAAUUUUACGAAAAAUCACUUAAAAUAAGAGAAAAAGCUCUGCCUCCAAAUCAUCCCGAUUUGGGUUCUUCCUACAACCACAUCGGUCAAGUGUAUAACAACAUGGGUGACUACUCGAAAGCACUUGAAUUUUACGAAAAAGAUCUCAAAAUCACGAGGAAGGCUCUGCCUCCGAAUCAUUCCGAGUUGGCUAGGUCCUACGACAACAUCGGUGAAUUGUAUCACGACAUGGGUGACUACUCAAAAGCGCUUGAAUUUUACGAAAAAUCACUUAAAAUAAGAGAAAAGGCUCUUGCUCUGAAUCAUCCCGAUUUGGCUAUUUCCUACAACAACAUCGGUCUCAUAUAUAAUAAUAUGGGUAACUACUCGAAAGCACUUGAAUUUUACGAAAAAUCAUAUACAAUAAGAGAAAAAGCUCUGCCUCCGAAUCAUCCUGAUUUGUCUAUUUCCUACAACAACAUUGGUCUGGUGUAUAACAACAUGGGUGACUACUGGAAAGCACUUGAAUUUUACAAAAAAGCACAUAAAAUUAAAGAAGAAGCGCUGCCUCCGAAUCAUCAGGAGUUGGCUAUUCCCUACAACAAUAUCGGUCAACUGUAUUACAACAUGGGUGACUACUCGAAAGCACUUGAAUUUUUCGAAAAAUCGCAUCAAAUAAGAGAAAAAGCUCUGUCUUCGAAGCACUCCGAUUUGGCUAUGUCCUAUAACAACAUCAGUGCAGUGUAUAACGCCAUGGGUGACUACUCUAAAGCACUUGAAUUUUACGACAAAGCAUAUAAAAUAAAAGAAAAAGCUCUGCCUCCGAAUUAUCCCGAUUUGGCUAUGGCCUACAACAACAUUGGUGCAGUGUAUUUCAACAUGGGUGACUACUCGAAAGCACUUGAAUAUUCUAAAAGGGACUUUGAAAUUACAAAACAAGUUCUGCCUGAGAGUCAUCCAGAUUUGGCUUAUCCAUACAACUGGUUCGGAAAGAUUUAUCGCAGUAUGAAAGAUUAUCCCAAAGCACUUGAUAAUUUCGAAAAGUGUCUCUCAAUAUGGGAAAAAGGCUUGCCUCAAAAGAAUCCCUAUCAGGGUAUUACAUACAGUAAUAUUGGUGAUGUUCAUCGAUUAAUGGGUAAUUAUGAAAAGGCACUUGGAUUUCAUCAAAAAGCAUUAAAUAUUCAAGAAAAUGUUCAAUGUAAUCCUCUGGACUGUGCAUUGACAUAUAUAAAUUUAGGUGAAACUUAUCGUGAAAUGAAAGAUUAUUCAACAGCAUUGACAUAUUUCGAGAAAGGAUUGGAAAUACGUGAAAAGAAAUUAUCAGAAAAUCAUCCUGACUUAGCUGUUGUAUAUCAUAAUAUGGCAAAAUUAUAUUUGGCUACACGAAAAUAUAGUAUGGCAAUGAAAAAUAUUCAACAAGCAGUUGAAAUAGCUCAAGAAAAAUUGCCUUCAACUCAUCCUCAUCUUUUGGAAUAUAAAGAAACAGUUGAAAACAUUCGAAAGAAAAUGUAA